ACCUCCCCGCGCAGGAGGUGAUUAGGGGACGCUGGACUGGCCCAGAGACGCCGCUCCAGCCACUCCCUACGCCCGGCGGACCCCGCACUCUGAAGUCCAUUCAGAGCUCCAUUCAAAGUGCUGAGAUCCAGAUGAGAGCCACGUUCAGCCUCAUCCGGCACAGCAGAUACGAGUUGAACUAAAGACAGCCGGGGAAGGGCUUCAGGAGCCACUCCAGCCUUGGAGAAUCACCUCUUGGAUCCUACUUUUGUCCGUAGAGUGGAUUUAGGACGAGAGGGAGCACUCUUGCAGAGAUAAAGAGGGGGCAACGCCUGCAGCCAAAAUGGAGGUGAAGACGUCACUUCUAGAUAACAUGAUUGGGGUUGGCGACAUGGUCCUCCUAGAACCCCUGUCUGAAGAGUCAUUCAUCGAGAACCUGAGGAACCGCUUUGACCACAAUGAGAUCUACACAUACAUUGGCAGUGUGGUGAUCUCCAUGAACCCCUACAGGUCCCUGCCCAUCUACACACCAGACAAAGUGGAAGAGUAUCGGAACAGGAACUUCUAUGAACUUAGUCCACACAUCUAUGCUUUGGCAGAUGAGGCCUACCGUUCACUGAGGGACCAGGACAAGGACCAGUGCAUCCUUAUCACAGGGGAGAGUGGGGCUGGGAAAACCGAGGCCAGUAAGCUGGUGAUGUCAUAUGUGGCAGCGGUGUGUGGGAAGGGCCAGGAGGUGAAUAAGGUCAAGGAACAGCUGCUGCAGUCCAAUCCCGUGCUGGAGGCCUUUGGAAAUGCCAAAACAGUGAGGAAUGACAACUCUUCCAGAUUUGGAAAGUACAUGGACAUUGAGUUCGACUUCAAAGGAGAUCCUCUGGGUGGAGUCAUCAGCAACUAUCUGCUGGAGAAGUCACGUGUGGUGAAACAGCCGAGAGGAGAGAGGAACUUCCACGUCUUUUAUCAGCUCUUGUCUGGAGCCUCCGAUGACACACUCAAGAAGCUGAAGCUGGAGCGGGACUUCAGCAAAUACAACUACCUGAGCCUGGACUCUGCUGCAGUCAAUGGGCUGGAUGAUGCGGCCAACUUCAGGACAGUCAGAAAUGCCAUGCAGAUCGUGGGCUUCAUGGAGGACGAGGUGCAGUCGGUGCUGGAGCUGGUGGCGGCCGUGCUGAAGCUCGGCAAUAUAGAGUUCAAGCCAGAGUCACGCUGUAACGGCUCAGACGAGAGCCGCAUUAAAGACAAAAAUGAUUUGAAGGAGAUGUGUGAGUUACUGGGGAUCGAACAGACAGUGUUGGAAAGAGCGUUCAGCUACCGCACAGUGGAGGCUAAGAUGGAGAAAGUGUCCACUACCCUGAAUGUGGCCCAGGCCUACUAUGCCCGAGACGCCCUUGCCAAAAAUCUCUACAGUCGUCUGUUUAGCUGGCUAGUUACCAGGAUCAAUGAAAGCAUUAAAGCACAAGCUAAAACUCGCCACAAGGUCAUGGGUGUGCUCGACAUCUAUGGGUUUGAGAUAUUUGAGGACAACAGCUUUGAGCAGUUCAUCAUCAACUACUGCAACGAGAAGCUGCAGCAGAUCUUCAUCGAGCUGACCCUCCGCGAGGAGCAGGAGGAGUAUGUCAGAGAGGGCAUCGAGUGGACCAACAUUGAAUAUUUCAAUAAUGCCAUUAUCUGCGACCUCAUUGAGAAUCACCAAAAUGGAAUCUUGGCUAUGUUGGACGAGGAGUGCCUGAGGCCGGGGACGGUCACCGACGAGACCUUCCUGGACAAACUGAACACAAUCUGUGCCGAACACCAGCACUUUGAGAGUCGCCUCAGCAAGAAUUCAAAGUUCCUCACCGACCACAGCCUGCCACACAAUUGCUUCCGCAUCCAGCACUACGCCGGCAAGGUGCUGUACCGUGUUGAGGGCUUUGUUGACAAGAACAACGACCUGUUAUACCGGGACCUGUCACAGGCCAUGUACAAGGCCACCCACAGCCUCAUCAAACAGCUCUUUCCCGAGGGCAACCCAGCCAAAGUCAACCUGAAGAGACCACCGACUGCCGGAUUCCAGUUCAAAGCCUCAGUGGGCACACUGAUGAGGAACCUACAGACCAAGAACCCAAACUACAUCCGGUGCAUCAAGCCCAAUGACAAGAAGGCAUCUCACAUCUUCACUGAGUCUCUGGUCGGCCAUCAGGCGCGCUACCUUGGCCUGAUGGAAAACGUCCGUGUGAGGAGAGCAGGCUACGCCUUCCGCCAGGCCUACGAGCCCUGCCUGGAACGCUACAAAAUGCUCUGCAAACGGACAUGGCCCCACUGGAGAGGGCCUGCCAGGGAAGGAGUGGAGGUGCUGAUGGCCGACCUCCAGGUCCCAACAGAAGAGUUCUCUUAUGGCCGCUCCAAGAUCUUCAUCAGGAACCCAAGAACGCUUUUCUUCUUAGAGGAAAGGAGGAGGCAAUGCCUGCAAGACCUGGCCACACUCAUUCAGAAGAUCUACCGUGGCUGGAAGUGCCGCAGCCAGUUCCUGCUAUUGAAAAAGAGUCAGAUAGUUGUGGCAGCAUGGUACCGCCGAUAUGCGCAAAAAAAGAAAUACCAGCAGAUCAAGAGCGCCACCACAGUGGUGCAGUCCUACACCAGAGGAUGGCAGGCCCGCAAACUCCUGAGAGAGCUGAAAUAUCAGAAGAGAUGUGAAGAGGCAGUGACCACCAUCUCGGCAUUCUGGCACGGCACCCAGGCUCGGAUGGAGCUGAGACGUCUAAAACAAGAAGCGCGGAAUAAACAUGCUGUGACAGUAAUUUGGGCAUACUGGCAGGGAACCAAGGCCCGGAGAGAGCUGCGUCAGCUGAAGGAGGAGGCGAGGAAUAAACAUGCCGUAUCGGUCAUUUGGGCCGGCUGGCAGGGCACCAAGGCUCGCAGGGAGCUGAGGAGACUGAAGGAAGAGGCCAGGCGUAAGCACGCUGUCGCUGUGAUUUGGGCCUACUGGCAAGGACUCAAGGUCCGCAGAGAGUACAGAAAAUUCUUCAGGGCAAAUGCUGGAAAGAAGAUUUAUGACUUCACCAUCCAGAGAAUUAUGCAAAAAUACUUCCUGGGCCUGAAGAGCACCAUGCCCUCCAUGUCACCCAUAGACAAGAACUGGCCCGCCAGGCCUUACCUCUUUCUGGAUGGAGUCCACACAGAGCUGCGGAGAAUCUUCCAUCUCUGGAGGUGCAAGAAAUACAGGAGCCAGUUCACAGAGGAGAAGAAGGCAGUUUAUGAGGAGAAACUGGAGGCAAGCAAGAUCUUCAAGGAUAAAAAGGCUCUCUACCCGAGCAGUGUGAAUCAGCCUUUCAAAGGAGACUACCUGGAGAUCACCAAGAACCCCAAAUAUCAGAAACUCAACAGCGCUGUGGAUGAGAAGGUUCUGCUGGCUGAUGUGGUCAACAAGAUUAACAGGGCCAAUGGCAAGGGUACAGCUCGAAUCUUCCUGCUGACCAAGAAGAGCGUUGUCCUGGCCGACCAGAAGACCGGCCAGGUGAAGGCCAGCGUUCCUCUUCCAGACCUCGCCAGUGUGUCAGUCAGCACACAGAGUGACGGCUUCUUUGCUCUCAGACUGAAAGAGGGGUCAGCCUCAGCCACCAAAGGAGACUUCUUACUCAGCAGUGAACAUCUGAUUGAGAUCAUCACCAAACUCCACCGCACCGGGGCCACAGCCGCAGACCAGGAGCAGCUCAACAUUGACAUCUCAGACGAGUUUCUGGUGCAGUUCAAGCAAGACAAAGUAUGCGUGAAAUUCAUCCAGGGAGCCCCCAAGAACGGCAACAGCGUGUCCUGCAAGCGCAAGAACAACCGCCUGCUGGAGGUGUCGGUGCCCACAACGGCAUAGUGCAGCUGCCACCGCCUGGUCUCCAGUGCUGUUCCCUUGUACUCAGAUUGGGGAGGCGAUCUAAACACCGAACCACCACCCACUCCGUAACCUCUCGUCUCAAGAACCAUCACCCCAGUGCCCACCCUGAGCCCAAAAAUGACAGUUAUUUGGCUUGUUGUGUAGUUGUUUUUUUCCUUCCUCUUUUCAGAUUUACUAUGGCACCACUAUAGCUGUAACCACGUGCCACUUUUUUGGCAUAGAAAGCCCUUAUCUCGGUUGCAUGCCACAGAAAUUUGGUAAAAUGUUUCACUGGUGUUUUGUAAAACUUUGGGUAAAGAGUUGAAGAUGAAUGGGGGGAAAAAAAGAAAUGUUGGUGGUGCACAAGAGACUUCCGUAUACCAGUGGUGACGUUGAUGAUGAUUGUUCUGCCUGUAUGUUGAAUUAGUCUUCAGAGAAAAUGUCAUUAUAAGAACUUUGUGACAAGCUGCAGCCUCAACUGGCCUUGACUCAUCCAUUUUUAAGCAGCUCUGGCUUAAACAUUUUUGAUGACCUGGGAACUUUUGGGUUCGGCCUGUCAGAUUUAGUUUCUCCGAAGAACUUUAAAUACUGCACUUGUUUUCACCUCGGUGUAACCAAAAGAGGAUGACCUGAAAAUGAAUUUGAUUGUAUGUUGUAUUAUUUUCUAUAUAUAUAUUUUUUCUCUGAAAAAAAAGUGGGCAGUUGAGACGUCAAAUGUAAUUUGCUAGAUAAUUGUAAAACUGUUUUUGUAUCCACAAUUCCUAUGUGCCAUUGACCAGGUCCCAUGACUUGUCACGUAUCGGUGUACAAAUACAAACAUAGAAAAACCAUGUAGGUGACUGACCCUCAUCGAUUACCGGUGUUGACAAUAUCAUUGCCAAACAUUUUUGAAUAAGGGAGCUUGUUAACCUGCAGUGGCCAUUUCGUGUAAGUUUUGACAACACUGCACAUGUGAUCAACCUCCAUUUCCUCUCCCAGCGCAGUACAAUUUGUGAUAAUUCCCAAGCUUUUAUUUAAUCUACACAGAGUUAUUGUAAACUGAAUUCAUAUCUUUAACUCGGAGAAUGUCACGAACGAAUCAAUGAAGAACCCCCUCGCUUCACGAGGGACUUGAUUUAAACAAUACUGACAAAGGCAGGACGGACAUUCCAGUGGAAGGAAAAGUACCCAACCAGAAGAAACAAAGGUAUACACACCUUCCAUAAUGUCUUCACCAGAUUAAGUGAAACCCUUGAUAUUGAUCUUUUUUCUUUUGUGUGCAAUAAAUAAAAUGCUUUGUCUCGAUUGUUCUCCUUCUAUCUGUAGUGAGAACCCAUUGCAUUCGCCCUCGCUGUACCAUAAGCUGUACGUAGGCUCUAUAGGCUGUAGCCCUGGCAUGGACAAAGGGUUUCUUUAGUAUCCUUAACUUUUAUUGCUGUGUUUGUGAAAAUAGCAGUUUCUUGCCACUGCAGCUUGAGUUAUUGUAGUGCUUGACCCACUCUGACCUAAUGUGUAUUUUUCAAGGGGAAAGACCAAAUAUUAAGAUAAAGUGACCGUAGGCUUCUUGAUGUGUCUGAAGACAUCGACCAGUUACAGCUUUUACAACUUUCUAGUACACUCGUGUACACAUUCGGUACACAUAUAUUUAAGCACAAGCCAAAUUUGAUUUUCAAAGAAGCAACAGAGUGCUAUAUUUUCAAGUAUGUUGACUAUAAUAAUCUUUAUGUGGAUAUACUGGUAGUGGGUUUUGUACUGUUGAUUUUUAAGCCAACCAGAUGUUACUCUGGUGACUUUGAGGGAAUAACAGCCAAAGUUGCUCUAGUCACGUUCUGCAAUCCGGGAAAUCUCGGUUUGUGAGUUGUUUUUUUUGUUUGUUUUUUUUAAUGUCACACACGUCACAGGGACUUGAGCAAUCAGUUGUUGCUAUCCCUUGCACGGGAACCAUUGAGCUGAAUGCCGCUUUUGAUGUAUUCUCUUCCUUGGCACUACACAGUUUCAGUGCAGUUUUGCUAAGGUGACAUCUUCCUCCCCCCUCUCUCUCUCUCUUCUCUAUUUCGUAUUUGAACAAUGGCUAAAACUGCAAAAUGAUGUCUGCAUUCUUGUGUGCCUAAUGUUAACCUGUGCUGAGAGACAGAAGAUGGAAAUGUUUCAGUAGAACUCAGUGUAACAUUUACAAGUAAUCUUUUUUAAAUUAAAUAAAAAUCAAUAAUAAAUGUUGUUA